AACGAAAGUCAUCAGGAGAGUCUGCUCCAGCAUCCAUGGCGGUGAAUCCUCUGGAGGGUCUCAUGUCAGCGAACCACCCGCUAGUCUCCAGCUCAACAGCUGAGCAGCCGUGUGCAGCCGGCAGCCCGGAAUCCCUGCAUGGACAGAGGCACAGCGUACGCAGCAGCCGCGAGGCAAGGAAGUGGGCAUGUAGCUCCAGGUCAAACUCUGGUCCUGCUUUUGGGUCUGUGGUCCAGUCCAGGACUCUAAGGAGUCAGAACUCUCCAGAAAACGCAGCACGGGAGAGGAGCCGUGUACGCAACCUUCGACAGGCUUUCCACAGCCUGCAGGCUGCACUACCCUCAGUCCCACCAGACACCAAACUGUCCAAGCUGGAUGUUCUGGUUCUGGCUACUAACUACAUAGCUUACCUGACGGAGACCCUUGACCAGGAAGGGACGCUGGCUGGGCACACCCUUCCCUCCAGGCCGGGUGGAUACUUGCAUCCUGUUAAGAAGUGGCCCAUGCGUUCCCUGCUCUACUGUGGCAGUGUUGGAGAGCUGCUAUCAGGAGUUCCAGCCAGUCAGGUGCCUUCACUGGGACAGGACGGGACACACCCACUGACCCCCACCUUAGAGGCAGACAAAGAGUGAUAACAGGAAACGGGACACAACUUUGACCCUGUUUCUUCUCUCGAAUGUUAAUGUGGCUACAGUCAUAUUGACAGCAAUGUGUCAAUAUGACUGUAGCCAAUGCAUCACAGUAAAUGUUGGCAACGGACAUUUCUGCUUAAAACAUAUAUGUUGAAAUUUCACAUUUCUUUAUGUUGUAACUCUUGGUUUAAUUCUCUAUGUUAUGUUAUGACACAGAUGGUCUGGCUAGGUUUAGACACACAAAAAAAAGAACACUUGGUAAGGGUUAGGGAAAGAUCAUGUUUUGUCUUAAAAUACCUGUUUUUGUCCCCACAAACAUGACUGGAAAUGUUUUGGGGUCUCCUUUAAAUUAUCCAGUGGUUUCACAUUUAACCAUUUGGAUUGACUUUAAAAACACAUUAUAGCAGUUUUGAGUUUAUAUUAUAGCAUACCAUGAAUUCUUAAUUCUGAUUGGCUGGAGGAUAUUAUUUACAUUUUGAUACAAGACACCUCUUCAGUCCUCCGAGUAAUACCAGUAAUGUAUGUAAGAACCUAAUGGAAAUUCAGCUUUUCGUCAAACUCUCAGGUGUUGCCAGGGAAGGGGGUUACUGCUUGCAAAAAACCUUAUACUGUGAUUGCAAAACACACUAAAAUAUACGCAAAUUGUCUUAACCUUUCUUUUUGUUUGCCAAAUGACCAUGGCAUAGACAGGAUAAUACCCUUUCAGGUGUCCAUGUUUAGGAAUUCCUCUGCAUGUCAGACGUUCGGGCCUUUAUGUGUCCAUUUAUUCCUGAUAAUGGAGACCUCUUCGGCCAUCAUCCCUUACAUGAUGGACAGGGCUUAUAUAGACCUGUACAUAGAAGGGCAGGGCAAAUUUUCAGUUCUGGCUGUUGGGAAAGUCAAGUCAAGUUGCCUCUACAUAUCUUAAUUAAACAGAAUUUAAAAUAUAAAACAGAUAAAAAUAAAUGAAAAUAAAACAGAGUUUUUUGUUGUUUCUGAGUAGAGGAGUGAAUAAGCCAUAAUCAUACUGAAAGAACACACAAAGACACAGAUAAAGUUACAUAGACAGGUUGAUCCACACUACACCCCUUGUUGGAAGUAUUCCAUCAUCAUUUGAGAUGGAGUCGGCAGGUUGUCAGGGACAGCUUUAAUAAGAGGAAAUGAAAGGCUGCUUCAGUUGACUAAUAGCACCACAAAUCAUCAUAUGGAGGAACGGCAUGUAACCUAUUAUCUUGAUUUAAAGGUUGUACAGUGUUUUAGGUUUGUUUUUCCAGAUGUUACUUUCACCAUAUGGGAUAGUUCAGUCACCUAUUUGCUGCUUUUUAUUUUGAUGUUUGUGGUAUCAGUGUGUAUGUGUUUGUGUGAAUGCAUGUGUAUGUGUGUGGGAGUGUAAGGAUGGACAGACAGAUGAGAAGUGAGGGAGGGAUUGUUGUGGGAACACAGCUGCAGUCUGAUCACGUUGUGUCUCUGCAGUAAUGAUCGCUUAGUUCUCAUUACAGCUCUGUCACAGAAUGUAACCUUCUACUUUGAGUAAAGCACUGUCUAUAAUAGCG